AUGGAGAACUGUCAACUUAGCAGAGUAGAAGAGCCCAAGAAACUAAACAAAUGUGCCUGUGCAUCUGCUAUGAUUGCCUCCACAAUUUCCAUUAUUUUCGGUUAUGAUACCGGAGUAAUGAGUGGAGCAAUGAUAUUCAUCAAAGAGGACCUCAAGAUUAAUGACACUCAAAUAGAAUUACUAGCAGGAAUCCUCAACUUAUGUGCAUUAAUAGGAUCCUUAACAGCAGGCAAAACAUCUGACUACAUUGGUCGAAGAUACACAAUCAUCCUAGCAUCCAUACUCUUCUUAAUGGGAUCACUCUUAAUGGGAUAUGGCCUGAAUUAUCCAAUCUUAAUGGCCGGGAGGUGUAUCGCUGGUCUUGGGGUCGGCUUUGCACUCAUGAUAGUUCCCAUCUACACUGCUGAGAUCUCUUCUGCUGCACAUCGAGGGAAACUCUCAUCUUUACCCGAAUUUUGUAUUAGUCUAGGCAUCUUGUUGGGUUAUGUCUCGAAUUACUUGUUAGGUAAACUAUCGUUGAGAAUAGGGUGGCGGGUAAUGCUUGGUGUUGCAGCCAUUCCAUCGCUGUUCAUAAUCUUUGGUGUCGUACGAAUGCCUGAGUCGCCUAGAUGGCUUGUCAUGAAAGGUCGGUUUGAAGAUGCUAAAUCUGUUCUUUUUUUGGUGUCGAACUCUAAAAACGAGGCUGAAACUAGACUCGAGGAGAUAAGAAUGACAGCAGAUAUUCGUUCAAGUCGUAGCCAAAGGUCGAAAAUGAAGGUAUCGUGUUGGGAUGAGUUACGGUUUAAGCCCAUCUUAGCAGCCCGUUGGACUCUAUUUGUUGCAGUUGGUAUACAUUUCUUUGAACAUGCAACGGGUGUAGAAGCUGUCGUACUUUACAGCCCUCGUAUCUUUAAGAUUUCCGGUAUCAGGAACAAAAAUAAGCUAUUGCUUGCAAAUGUUGGGUUAGGAGUAACGAAAACGCUCUUUAUUUUAGUAGCCACAUUCUUGUUAGAUAAAGUUGGUAGACGACCAUUGUUGUUGAUCAGCACAGCAGGGGUAAUAAGCGCGCUUACUGCACUAGGAGUGGGGUUAACUGUUGUUGAGCAUUCGAAAACUCAACCCUCAUGGGCUAUAGCACUGUCUAUUUCGGCUACAUACAUUUAUAUUGCAUUUUUCUCGAUUGGGAUUUCUCCAAUUACAUGGGUUUAUACAUCAGAGAUAUUUCCGCUCAAAGUCAGAGCAGUCGGUGCAGGCAUUGCUGUCGCUGUGAAUAGGUCUAUGAAUGCGGCCGUUUCAAUGAGUUUCAUAUCCAUCUAUAAGACAAUUACCAUUGGUGGCACUUUCUUAAUGUUUGGUGGGCUAGGUGUUAUGGCUUGGUUGUUCUUUUACUUCUUUUUGCCUGAGACAAAGGGUCGAUCUUUGGAAGAAAUCGAGACCAUGUUUAGCAAGAAAAAUCAACCUAGAGGGCAAUGAUCAAAU